GGCCGCCUGCGUGCCCUGAGACAGCCAGAAACUACCAGUCCCGGCGUGCUUCGGUUGGGAGCCUAGGCACGUGGGUGGUGCCGGGGGGAAGCUGCUACCUCUCGCUUCCCGGACACCAGGUCCUCCCAGAGUCCUGACUCACACUGUGGCUUCCCGCGGCCGGAGAUGGAGUCUUCAGAGGAGACUACGGGCACCUUGAAGCCCUGUCUGCUGCGCCGCAACCGGAGCCGGGAGCACCAUGGCGCGGCGGCCUCCUGCCUGGAGGACCUGAAGCAGAAGGCAUGUGAUAUCCUGGAGAUUGACAAGUCUUUGGAGCCCAUCACUUUGGUCCUGGCAGAAGAUGGCACCAUAGUGGAUGAUGAAGAUUACUUCCUGUGUUUACCUUCCAACACCAAGUUCGUGGCCCUCACUUGCAAUGAGAAGUGGACAUACAGCAAUACAGAUGGGGGCACAGCGUGGCUCUCCCAGGAGUCCUUCGAGAGCAGAGACGAAGUGGACAGCAGUGGGGGGUGCAGGUGGAAAAACCUGGCCCGACAGCUCAAAGGAGAUUUCUCCAGCAUCGUCCUUCUGGCUGAGGAAGAUCUGCAGGUGCUCAUUGACGUUCCCUGCCCAGACUUGGCUCAGGAACUCUCCCAGAGCCCGGAAAAAACUCAGGACCUCCAGAAUACACUCCAGCAGGUGCUAGACCAGAGAGAAGAAGCCCGGCAGUCCAGGCAGCUCCUGCAGCUCUAUCUCCAGGCCUUGGAGAAAGAGGGUGGCAUCCUGGCCAAGCAGGCAGAGUCUGAGGCUACUUUGGAUGAAAAGAUGGACGAAGUGGACUCAAGGGGUGCCGGCCACAUCACACUGUCCAGUCACGUCUUAACAGUGCUCAAGGAAAAGUCCUUCCCAGAGCUGAGCUUGUCCAGCCAGGAUUUAGAGUUGGUGACCAAGGAGCCCCCAGAGGCGCUGGCCCGUGCGUUAAGCUGGGACCUCGAGAAGGCCGAGGCAGUCCAAGGAGCCUGUGAGCAGCAGCUCAGCCUGCGCCUCCAGCAGGUCCAGAGCCUGAACUCCCUGCACAGUCUUUCGGCCAGGAAGAAUUCUCUGACCGAAGAGCCCGGGAGCCUCAAACGGGCCAAGUGAGCUCCUUCCCGCCCCCGGCUCGUGGCCGAACAAGGGCGGGCAUUGGGCACUUCCUCAGAGACUCGGAAGGGCAGGACCUGGGACGCCCCUCAUUCUCCCUGUCCACCCCUGUCUCGGGGCGGCUGCCGAACAGGCGACCACGUCUUGUAUCCCUUUCAGAAAGCGGUCCUCCUGGGCCCCCGAGAGCACUGUCGGAAUCUGGCUACACAGACAAGAAUACUCCUCAAACUCCUGCUUUGGUGGGGAUGCUUUGGAGGGUCUCUUCUGUGGCCAGACCUGAAAAGACUGGGGGGGGGGGGGAGGGGAGCUUUGAACCUUGAGUCUGGAAUCACUGGAGGCAGCAGGGGGCUGCGUAGCUCCCUCCUGAGGUCUCAGAGAGGCAGCGGGGUUUGGCAGGAGUGGACACCCACUGGCCGCUGCGGUCCUGGACGAGAGAGAAGGUGGUGUUGGAUGAGAGACCCGAAGUGUAUAAAUAAGAGUUCUGUAGAGGUCAUCUCCCUGGCUUCCCACAUGCACUCUGCCAGGCAGGUGCUAAUCUUAUUCCCAUUUUAUAGAGGACAUAAUUAAGGCUCAGAGGAGAUGGUUCGCCUGUGGGUAGAGAGCUGGGAAGCAAGAGACGGGCUUGGACCUCGGUCUCACUACCUGCGAGUCCGGUGCCGAGCCCCUCCUCUAAUCGCAUCGACAGAAUGCUCCCAUGUGCGUGUGUAUAUAAUAAAAGAUUCUCGUUGUGAAA